AAAACGAGGAAGAAGACGAAGAAGAAUUUACAACCAUCCUUCAGUUCCACAUGUUGGAUAUGGCUGUUAAGAAAUAAAUAGCCUUGUUGGGCGGAGGUGUUUAAGUCAACAUGGACGAAGAAGACACGGCCGGGUACAGGGAACCCUGCGCCCAGUGUGCGGCGGUGGACUGGGGCAUCUCAGAUGAGGGUCGUUUCUACUGCAGAUCCUGUCACAAUGUCAUCGAGAGAACCAGAGAGGUGCUGGACACAACCUUUAUUCAGGGGUCCAACAGGAUCACCACCAUCAGCAGAGGAUCCAGAACCAGAAGGCCGGAGGGCGGCAUCGUGUGGAUGCUCUGUGAGGGAUUCCAGUUCAUCUUGAAGAACCAGGCCGAUGCGCUGCUCAGACUGGGAGUCAGUCCUCACUUUAAGGACGAUGUGUUGUGUCAGCUAUGGAGACUCUACCUGCAGAAGACCCAGCAAGCGUACACCUCCAACCCGGUGACCAGCUUAAAGUUUACAGCCCAAGGUUGGGAUUCGGACUCGGACAGUGCCCCCGGGUCGUCCGUCAUGUCGGCCAGUGCGACAGACCGGGAGUCGAACCCGCCCAGCUCAGCUGGUUCUAACACAGAGAGCGGCAGCGAAUGGUCGAGCUCCACUAAUGACCUUCGCCGCCUGACAUCCCGCCGGAGGCGGAGCCAAAGCCGGAUGACCAUGGUGAAGACUUUGGCUCUGAUCCACCUGGCUCUGGUCUGGAGCCGUGAGGCGCUGACGCUGAGUGACCUGCUCAGGCUGGUGAAAGAGGGUCACAUCCCGUAUGUUAACGCCUACGAAGAACUUCCGGAGGAGAUGAAGCUGUUUGGAAAAGAUGCUCUUCUCUUCAGUGUGCUGAGCAUCCCGUCUCACAACACCUUGCAUCGGGAGGCUCAGGCUCUGGUUCAGUUCCUGCAGCUUCCAGCUUUUCCUCCAAUCAGCCGGCAAACUCUGCUUCACCCAGCUCUGCUCAGCCUCCGUUUCCUGACCGACGCCAACCUGCCAGAUGAACUCCACAGGUGGGUGUGCAGGCUGAUGGACCGAGCCGGAAUGGCCGAUCCGAGGGGCUUCACCAUCAACCCCCAGUCACACGGCAUCCUGCCGCGGUACGAGGUGCAGACCGCUGCCCUCAUCAUCGUCACAAUGAAGCUGAUCUUUGGCCUGGAUGACCACACCGAGUGGGAGUUAUCCAAUCAAGUUAGUUCCCAGGACGACUCAGACGACCAGUUUAACCUGAGGAGGUGGUACCGACUGAUGCAGGCCGCUCUGAUCCGGGCUCAGAAGAAGGCGGACCAGGAUGUCGCCAGGAAACAGUGGAGGACAAAGAAACCAAUUUUCCUGAGCAAGGGAGAGAAAAACCUCAUCAUGAAGAGGAAAAGAAAUGCAGAGCAGGUCCAGAUGUGUUUUGAGAAGCUGUCCUCUUGUCCAGCAGGCGUCCAGGACAUCAGUCCAUCCAGCUUCAGGUUCUGCUGGGGGGACAAAGACGGAUCAGACGGUCCCAGUCUGCACCACAUGAAGGUAGACAGAGUUCUGACCCAGAAACUUGGAACCCUGACUCCCCAGAACUCCUUGUACUGGCACCCAGCACUUAAAUCCUGCAGCACGUUAAGGAAGUGCAGGAGUCAUUACUCUGAGGUGGAGGCCACGCUGCCACGCUCCUUCGUCUGGCUGCUGCAGCUCUUCUCCUUCAUCCUGGACGUGAAACCCUACUAUCUGUAUGAGGAGGUGCUGGAGGUGGAAAGGAAAGUGUUUGGAGCUAAACACGCCAUGUACCCAAAGGGAAAGAAGAAAAAGAGAAGGACUGAAACCAGAACCGGAACCUCAUCCAGGGUAGUUCAAAAAAGUGGAGGAAAAAGCUAAGUCCAGUUCAGUUACUUGAGAAAUAAAUAAGGAGCAGCUGUAGGAAGUCUGUUUCUUGUGUUAAUUUCCCCAAACACACAGCAAGAUUUAUUUUUUUUAAUGAAUGCAAAAAUCUUCCCUGCGUCUUUAUCACUGAUUGAAAGAGGUGUAAUGAGGAGAAAAAAGUUGUGUGUGAAGAUGCAGAAAGUCAUGGCUAAAUUAAAGAAUGAGACAAUGAAGGUUUUGGGAUGAGAAAAGGAUCCUGACCAGCAAGAAUCCAGGGGAAGACUGCGAAGUGAGGGGUGAAUAAAAAUGUCUCUUUUUUU